GCAGCGGGCGCUCCGCCCUCGGAGCGCGGGGCCUCCCCUCGUCCGCGCCCGCGGAGCGCCGGCGCCCGCCUAUAUCUACAGCCGCGGCGGCCCGGCGCCCGCAAGGAUGUGAGGCGGCCGGGCAGCCCAGCCGCCGCCGUGGCAUGUCCCACCGCGCCCGGAGCCGUCGGCGCGGCGCGUAGCCGCGGCUCCGCGGGGCGAUGCUGCCCUGGAAGCGGAGCAAAGUGGAGCUGGUGGCGGGCGAGGCGCGGCGGCAGAGCAAGCCCAAGGGGUACGCCGUGAGCGUGCACUACUCGGCCCUCACCUCACUGGCCCGCGCCUGUCCCGAGAGCGCCCUGCACCGUGUGGGCAGCAUGUUCCGCUCCAAGCGGCGGAAAUUUCGCGUGACCAACGAGGAUCCCACGUACACCGUGCUCUACUUGGGCAAUGCCACCACCAUCCAGUCCAAGGGAGAGGGCUGCACCGAUCUGGCCGUCUGCAAGAUCUGGAGCAAGAGCGAGGCGGGCCGGCAGGGUACCAAGAUGAAGCUGACCAUCAGCGCGCAGGGCAUCCGCAUGGCCCAUGCGGAGGACAAGGGGCUGCGCCGGCCCGGCCACCUCUACCUGCUGCACCGGGUCACCUAUUGCGUGGCUGACCCGCGCCUGCCGCGCGUCUUCGCCUGGAUCUACCGCCACGAGCUGAAGCACAAGGCGGUGAUGCUGCGCUGCCACGCCGUGCUGGUGUCCAAGCCCGAGAAGGCGAAGGCCAUGGCCUUGCUGCUCUACCAGACCUCGGCCACGGCGCUGGCCGAGUUCCGGCGGCUGAAGAAGCGGGACGACGCGCGGCACCAGCAGCAGCAGCUGGUAGGCGAGCAGAGCAUCCCGCUGGUGCCUCUGCGCAAGCUGCUCAAUGGGCAGUGCUGCUACAAGCCGCCGGUGGAGCGGAGCCGCAGCGCGCCCAAGCUAGGCUCCAUCACGGAGGACCUGCUGGGCGAGGAGCAGGAGGAACGGGCCAUGCUCUGCGACUGCGAGGACAUCCUGGAGGCGCUGGGCGAGCCCGAGGGCGAGCUGCUGCGCGCCGGCGCCGCCCGCGGAGAGGGCCCGGAGCUGGGCCAGCUCCUCCGCGACCUGGGCGAGCUCAGCUUGGGCAACGACCUGCGCUCCCUGCGCGCUGACCUCCGCGUCCGCCGCCUGCUCUCCGGCGAGAGCACGGGCAGCGAGUCCUCUCUGGAGAGCAACGGCCCGGACGGCGCCGCCCCGCCCUGCAACGGCGCCGAGCAGCCGCCGCCCGGCGACCCCGAGACCGGCUGAACGCUCAUCGGGGCUGCGCCGUGCCUCCGGGGCGCGCCGGGGCCCCUCCGGGACCUCACCGGGUCCCUUCCGGAGCGCACGGCCCCUCUGGGAGCUCACCGGGUCCCUGCCGGAGCGCACGGCCCCUCCGGGAGCGCGCUGGGUCUCCUCCUCCCCGCAGAGGGUGCAGCGGCUCCCUGGGAGCGCACCGCCUCCCCUCCGCCGCGCACGGCCUCUCCGGGAGCACACCGGGUCCCGUCCGGGCGCCCUGGAUCCCUGCGUGGUCCCCACGCCUCGCAGCAUCCCGGGGAGCGACCGGUCCUGCCGGAGCCGGGCCCCAGCCCGCCGUGGCCCGAGGAGGGGAGGCGGCCGCGGGCUGUUUACCUCUGGCUCAGCCCUUGAAGAUCUGCCAAAUUCCUGGAAUAGCUUUCCCCGGGGAGGGCGGCGGGAGGGAGGUGUUGCGCCUUGUUUACAGUCAGAAAUCACACCGAGAGGGCCCCCCCCCAGCCCUUUUCUCCAUUAAAGUCACUUCAUCGUGCUGUCAUGUCAGAGGUUUGCACUGUUGUGAAGUUGGGGGGUUUUUGUUUGUUUUGGCUUUCGAUUUUUUUUUUUAAUUAUUAUUAUUUUUAAGUUAGACCCUUUUUUUGGGCCCCGGUCCUGUCCCAGGUCUCAAUGCUCUAGAUCUUUUGCUAUGCAAAAGAAAACUCUACUUGUGGCUGUUCACCUGUACAUAGGGAAAUGUAUGCAAAUACAUUUUGUUAUUUUUAAGAACACCACCAUUGCAAUCUCCUCUGUUUGCACAUCCGUGAAGAAAAUAAAGAUGACAGUAAUUUAAAAGAAA